UAUCAUCAUCAUACCUCUGUGUCUCUCUCUCUGUAUACAAAUAUGCACAUAUGCCCACACACACUCAACACAUUCACAAUACUGCGACAGCUUACACACUGGGCCUCAGUGACCAACAAGUGGAGAUACUGUUAGGAUGCAGGAAUAUGAUAUCAUUGUCCUCGGAACUGGACUCAAGGAAUGUAUCCUGUCUGGUUUAAUGUCUCAAAGUGGGAAAAAGGUUCUUCACAUUGACAAGAAUCCCUACUAUGGAGGAGAGAGUGCAUCCAUUUCUCCCCUUGAGCAGCUGUACAAAAAGUUUAAGGUUCCAGGUCCUGCUAAGACCAUGGGUCGGGGAAAAGAGUGGAACAUUGACCUUAUUCCCAAAUUCUUUAUGGCCAACGGCGAGCUGGUAAAGAUCUUGGUGCACACUGAGGUUACCCGGUAUCUGGACUUCAAAGUCGUUGAAGGCAGUUACGUAUACAAAGCGGGCAAAGUGCACAAAGUCCCCGGCACAGAGGAAGAAGCCCAGGCUUCAGAUCUGAUGGGCAUGUUUGACAAGAGAAGGUUCAAGAAGCUGCUGCUGUUUGCCCUGAACUUUGACGUGAGAAACCCUCGGACCUAUCAGGACAUGGAUCCGAAUAAAACCACCACACGGGAUCUGUUCUGCCGCUUUGACCUGGGACUAGAUGUCAUGGAGUUCACAGGUCACGCCAUAGCCUUACACAGCAGUGAGAAUUACCUGGACCAGCCGUGUUUGGAAACAAUCAGACGGAUCAAGCUGUACUCUGAGUCUCUGUCCCGCCACAACCCCAGUCCAUAUAUCUACCCUGUUUAUGGGCUCGGAGAACUACCACAAGGAUUUGCCAGGCUGAGUGCAGAGUACGGAGGAACCUUCCUGUUGAACAGAGCAGUGGAUGAGAUUGUGAUGGACAACGGCAAAGUGAAGGCCGUGAAAUCUGACGGGAAGCUGUUCCACUGUAAACAACUCAUCUGCGACCCCAGCUACGUUCCCAAUCGCGUGAGAAAGGUGGGGCGUGUGAUAAGAGUCAUCUGUUUAUUAAAUCAUCCAGUUAAAAACACCCAUGAUGCCAACUCCUGUCAAAUCAUCCUCCCUCAAGCACAACUCAACAGGAAAUCAGACAUUUAUAUAUCUGUAGUGUCCUAUGCCCACAAUGUGGCCUCAGACGGGGUGUACAUCGCCACAGUGAGCACGACUGUAGAAACCAGCAACCCGGAGAAAGAAGUUCAACCCGGGCUGGAGCUUCUGGAGCCCAUCAUGCAAAAAUUUGUCUCAGUCCACAACCUGGUGGUUCCCAAUGAAGACGGAAAAAGGAGCCAGAUCUUUGUGUCCCGCUCGUAUGACUCAACAAACCACUUUGAGACUGAGUGUGAGGACAUCAAAGAUAUGUAUCACCGGAUCACAGGAGCAGAGUUGCGCUUCGGAGGAUCACAUAGACACCAGUCUCACAACUCUGAUGAUGACUGAGGCGGACUUCAUCAUCAGGGCCAAAUAACCCAACAGCUGGGAGGUCAUAAUGACAUCAUGGAUGAUUUUACUGCACAGCUGUAAACCAGAGAGUGAUACGUAGCGUCUAGAGAGUGGGUGUACUAUGUAAAUGUUGUGUGUCUUCUAUUUCCUCUAAUUUGUGCGCUAUAAUUUCUCCCUUUUUUGAAAUUCUGUAUUACAAACAGUUCGGGAAAACAUCUUCUUGCGUCGACCCCUUUAAGUUCCUUUGUUCUGCAUUUGCAAUGUUUUGGUAUAAGAAAAGUAAUACUCUGUAACCACUAAUACAACUGUUUUUGUUAAA